UCUUCCGUUUAGCUGGUUCUCUGGAGUUAUAUGGGAAAUCUUAUUUUAGCGAUUAUUAAGGCUGAAACAACGAAGGGCAUUUCCUGUGCAGCUGAAGAGCGGGCAGCAUGAAGAAGCUACGCUGGAGACAUGAAAGCUUUUUACUGCUUUUUCUUUUCCAAGGUCAGAUUUUUAGUUUAGAAGAUGACAACCGGCCAGCGACAGAGAUCUGCUCGACACACACCAUUUUGCCUGGACCCAAAGGAGAUGAUGGCGAGAAGGGAGACCAAGGAGAAAUGGGGAAACAAGGAAAAGUUGGCCCUGCAGGACCCCAAGGAGACAAAGGAGCAGCAGGAGAUAUUGGUGACCAAGGAAUGAUGGGUAAAAUUGGACCAAUUGGUAGAAAAGGUGACAAAGGAUGGAAGGGUUCGUCUGGUGUAUCAGGAGGAAAGGGCAAAGCAGGUGCUGUCUGUGACUGUGGGAAGUAUCGUAAAGUUGUUGGACAACUGGAUAUUAAUGUUGCUCGACUCAAGUCUUCCAUUACGUUUGUAAAAAAUGUGUUAGCAGGAAUCAGGGAAACAGAAGAAAAAUAUUAUUAUAUUGUGCAGGAAGAAAAGAGCUACCGGGAAGCUCUCACUCACUGCAGGAUUCGAGACGGAAUUCUCGCGAUGCCAAAGGAUGACGCUGCCAACGCAGUGAUCUCUGACUAUGUCUCCAAGAGUGGCCUCUUCCGAGUCUUUAUUGGGAUAAGCGACAUGGAGAAGGAAGGCCAAUUCGUAUAUGCUGACCGUACACCUUUGCAGAACUACAGCAACUGGAAGGAAGGGGAGCCACAGGACACCAAUGGGCAGGAAGACUGUGUGGAAAUGCUCAGCACUGGGAAAUGGAAUGAUGCAGAAUGUCAUGUUGCUAUGUUCUUUGUCUGCGAAUUCCCAAAGAAGAGAAAGUAGGUGCCAGCUGGCACCCUUGGGGCAUUCUCUUUUGAUCAGCUAUAGAGAAAAGUCCAGAAGAAGAACUUGGUUCCAGUGUAAGGACAUUGCUCUAACAUUACUGUAUUUACCUGAAUCCAAGACUAGGUUUUUUCCCCAAGUUUUUUCAAUAACUUUUUAUUCGAUUUUUCCACAACUUAAGACACACACACGCACACACAAAAAGAGAAAAAGAAAGAAAGAAAAAGAAAGAAAGAAAAAGAAAGAAAGAGGACUUCCAUUUCAUCAUUAGAACAAGUAUCAGUUACAAUACCCAAGUCUUGCCUGCCAAGUUUUUUGAUAUUAUCAGGAGGUCAUCUUACAUUCAGAGUCCUGUUCCUUUUGUGUAAAUGAAAGUAUAAGUGUAUUUGACCUCUGCUUUUUAAGGGGAUUGUCUUAAAUUCAGUCAUCUUUGUUUCAGGUGAAUACAGGUAUAAUUCAAUGCUACCAUCUUAAACUACAGAACCCCCAACUGGUUUAAGAGUACAGUUUAAGGCAGAGAUUUGCUCCUUCUGCUACUGUAAGUCCCUAUGUUGGGUGGGUCUGUCUGCACCAUCUUCUUCAAGCUUCAAGUCCUCACUGUUAUCUCUUCCUUUUGCAUCUCUCCUCCCAUCUCUUGGCUUCCUCCACUUUGCACAAGCUCAUCUAGCUGUGUGCAGGCCUGGUGAUAGGCAGCCCAUUGGCAAAUGUGAAGGGAGCCAUGAGAGUCAGAAUCACACGUGAAUCGAGAGAGGGCUCCUGCAGUGUGGACGUGACUUUAUAUGUCAGCAACCUUUACAAUAUUAAUUUUUUGACAGCCCAGUCCUCCUAACCAGGUUUACUUGGAGGUUUGCCCUCUGAGUCCGAUGGAGCCUGGACCUCGUAUACCAGGCAUGCACAACAUAAGGCCCAUGGGCUGGAUUCGGCCCACAAGGACUAUUUUACUGGUCCCCAGGUAUCCUGCAGCAACACAGGAGCUGGAAAUUGCUUCAUAGAGCCAUCCUGUGCAUGCUGUCUCAGAAUUAUGCUCCAUGGUGUGCCCAGUGGUGGCGCAGUGGUAAAACUGCCGCCCUGUAACCAGAAGGUUACAAGUUCGAUCCUGACCAGGGGCUCAAGGUUGACUCAGCCUUCCAUCCUUCCGAGGUCGGUAAAAUGAGUACCCAGAAUGUUGGGGGCAAUAUGCUAAAUCAUUGUAAACCGCUUAGAGAGCUUCGGCUAUAGAGCGGUAUAUAAAUGUAAGUGCUAUUGCUAUUGCAGUGAGGCUUACUCCCAUGUAAGCAUGCCUAGCAUUGCAGCCUGAAAGCAACAACAAAUUUACAACUCAUGCAAAAGAAUCUGGGAGUCAAAUGUUGAAGCAGAAGAAUAGACUGGUCCAUGUGGAGGUAACAUUUUUGAACAUCUGCCUAUAUGAAAAAGAAAUGCAAAAAGAAACCAGCAAAGCAUGUAAAGGUCUAUGCUAGAACACUUUUUAUCUCAUGUGCUAGUAUUCUACAUGCAUGGAAGUUUAAAAACCAAACCAAACAUGGGACAGCAUUCAGAAGUUAUAUCCUUCACCUGCAGCCUGAAGUAGUACAGUCCCUUCUACCAGCUCGUGGGGGUGGGGGUGGGGGCUUCUGCAAAGCCAGCCUUGCUUCCUAGGAGGCAUGUUUGGGGACACAGCCUUACUCUGGUGGUCUGAUGUCAGUGUGAUCAUUUCUAUGGCUUCAGCCUGCGUACCAUAUGCUAUCUAAUGUCCUGCAUCACAGGAUUAUUGUGUGGGCAAAACAGAGGCUAUGAAGCACAUUGCAAAAUAAAAGGUUGCAUCAGGGCAUAUCAAGGUUGUAGUGAGCUCUGGAGGUUAAAAGUGAAGAUGCUUACCCCCCUACUCACCCCACACCACACCACUGCCUUCAGAGAGCCACGAGUGGUGGUGGGGGAGCAAAAGCAAGCUGCCACCCAGUUGGUGGGUCCCCCCCCCGGGGCUCAUAGACAUCCCCCACCCCCGGUUCAAUUGUGGCUACACCCCUGACUUGCCUUAUAUACGACAAGCAACACUAGUAACAAUAUUGGAUAAGAUGGCUCUUCUCUACAACCAGCUGGAGAUAGCAAAAAACUCCACCCCUUUCUGUUUUAACUGGGGGUGGGUGGGUUGUGGCCCUGCUUUCCUCCUUAGCACCCUGCACCAGGAGGUAUUUAAUUUACCACAAUGGGGUGUAGUAAAUGAAUAGAGGAAGUUGAAUCACAAGUUGGACUGGGAGUCACUGAUUGAGUCACCAGCUUCCUGGGAUGGGUGCUGAGUACUUGGCAUCAUUUGGACAAAUUGGCACUGUUGGCAGAGGUGUUGAAAGAGAGGAGAGGAGUGCCCCCCACUCCCCGCGGCUUACAAUUAGCAGCAACAACAGCAUAAUAAAAGCCAAUUGUUUUCCAAGUCUAACUGGGCUUUUCUCAGAAAGAUCCCACUGCAGGCAACACAAAAACAAAAAAGAGAGAAGAAAAAUGAAGGCGUCACCUGUUGGGUGCUGGGUUAGUUGUACACAUUGCUUGUAAUUGGAUCGGGUAUGUGCUUACUCAGCCGUAAGUCCCACUGAGUUCAAUAGGGCUUAGAGUACUCUCCUAGGUAACACAACUAAAAGUAAUUCAGCCAAAGAUGAGGCAACGAAGAGCCUCUGAGCACACCUAACCCAGCUGCUUUCUUGUCCAAAUUUACCAGUCAUGAAAUCUGAGUUGUAUGGCCUGGCCUGAUCCUUACCUCUGUACUCAUAGCUUUUGGGUAAUGGUGGCAGAAUGGCAGUCUCUGGAGGACAGUGUGCCAAGGACUUCUGAAACCUGGAGCCAGAUUGGGGUCUUGCACUUUGGGUACUCCUUCUCCAUCAGCUUCACUGUGGAAAUCUAGCCUUGAACUGCAGAACAACUGGACUGUUUCAGAGGGGCAGUUGUGUGCGUCUGGGCCCCUGGGGUACAUAUACAAGGUCUUGUGGCCCCUUAAAGGCCAACAUGUUGAUUGCAAUGAAGCCAUAGACCAUCUGAAUUAAUCUUCCUUUCUACUAACACCUGAAAUCAGGCCUGGAUCAGUGAUAUGUUCCCUUGGUGUGGUUUAAGAACAAGAAGGGAAGAAUGUCAACAGGGAAGGAGAAAAACUCAUAAAAGGCUAGGGAAAAUUCUUACUAUUCCCAAACAGUGGCUGACAUGAAGCACAGUGUUAUAGUGAUGCUGUGUACUGUGUUGGGGCAAAGCUACUUCAGUCUUAUCUCUUAAGGGCUGACCCACCAUUCAAACCAGUUAUUACUGAAUUUGAAAGAAACUUGAAAUACCUUUAACAGAACACCAGGUAGCCAAAAUACUUAUUUUCUCCUGUAGUACUCACAGACUUAAGCCCUGUUCACAUGUUCUGUUCAAUGCACAUACAGUCUGUGUGCAAUAUACACAUAUUCAGCUCCAUACACAUUUAUUAACACAUUCUGUUCAAUGCACGUAAAGCUAUACACUUCCUAUCUGUAUUCUGCAUUUGAAGGAGCCUGUAGCUAGGUUUGUUUUUUAAACACAGUGCAGCCAUUCCCACAAAAGUAUGGGUUACAAUAAUAAAUAAAGCCCUAUUCAGACAUUACAUUGCACAUGGAUACAGGUAUAUCCACAUGUAUACCUGGAUAUCUGUAUCCAUGUGCAAUGUAAUGUCUGAAUAGGGCUUUAUUAUUGUAACCCAACUUCAUAUGAUAGACAACAUUUUCACAAGUGAAUCUUGUGAAUUACCUUUGCUAUGUUAAAUUACCUCCCUAGUGCCAUUUGUAUUGAUAUCUGCUCAUUCUUGAUGGGCAUGAAGCAGGCAUAUGUAAUACAAUUAAAUAUUUUAGCCAAUGUAGGUUUCUCCUUUUGCAUUAGAAACUAAUUGGAAGUAAGAGUGAUUUACAAAACCAAAACCACACAUAUAGAGAACUCCCAUGUUGAAAUACCCAUGCUACAAAUUUAUUAUUAGUUUUAACCACUUUAAUGGGCACACUUUCCCAAAAGAAUCCCAGAAAUUGCAGUCUGAAGUGCUGAAAAUCCUAUUACAGAUCACUGGCUUCCUCCCCACCCUGGACUACAACUCCCAGGGUUUCUUGGAAAGAAGGUACCUCCAUUAAACCAGUUGAUGUCUGCAGUAAAGACCUGCUCCUUACUAUCCAAAUGUCUUAGCUAUCUCCCAGCCAAUUCAGCAAGGCAAGGUCAUACAGUGCAUUGUGUUCAUAAAUGUGUUUGGGCUUCCUCUUUCCUCAAACAUUUCAGCUGCUAAUCUUGUCCAAAGAGCAAUGUCCCCCAGUUCCUUGCACUUCUUUGGUUCCAGUUAGCCAUCUGCCUCCUGUACACAUUCCUGUUCCUGCAGCCAAAAGUGGUGAAAUACCUUCACAAACUGUUUUUACAAUAAUUCUGUACAGGCAAUUGUAUGGUUUCCCAGUAGCAAAACAAGAUAAUAGAUGUACAGUGCAUGUAUACUCAUACCUGUCUAUGCCUUUGCAAUAUAAUAUAGAAAGAAAGAAAAUGAUUUUUGCAUUACAGUUUAUUCAGUAUGUUGUUGUUGUUGUUGUUGUUGUUGUAUUUAGGAUAUACUUCUUUAAAAAUAAAAGUUCUCAAGUCAUUUACAUAGCAAAAGGAAUGAGAGGAUGGUUCCCUGUUCCAAAGGGGCUCACAAUCUAAAAAUAAAAAAAGGAAGAUAUCAGCAAAACGCCACUGGGGAAAACACUAGCCCUGUUCAGAUAUUAAGCUGCAUGAGUGUCCUAUACUUGCACUCAGUUUAUGGGUGCAGGACCCCAAAUGCAUGGUACAAAUAGGAAACGCACUACUGUACCUGAGAUCAACAUAACAUGCGAAUAACUGUAACUGUGUACAGAUCUGUACCUAUGUACACUAUAUACUUGUACACGUGCUGAACAUAAUGUGUGAAUAGGGUUACUGUGCUGGGAUGAGUAGGGACAGUUGUUCUCCCCUGCUCAAUACAGCUCCCAAGUUAAAAAUUGUUCCUUUGUCCAGUUAGCAAGUGUUAAUUAUACAGUCAGAUUCAAAACUGCAUUAGUAAUUUCUUUGGCUUUUUUCCUUGGUAUCAAGCAGAGUCACCCUUGUUGACAGAGAAAUAAGAACAGCCAGGCCCAAGGCCCAUCCAGUCCAGCAUCCUGUUUCGCACAGUGGCCCACCAGAUGCCCCUGGGAAGCCCCCAGGCAAGAGGUGAGGGCAUGCCCUCUCUCCUGCUGGUGCUCCCUGCAACAGCAAGAGAGAGGGCAUGCCUCUGAGGCUGCGGUGCCUUUGAGGCUGGGAUGGUCAAAGGCAGGAGACAAUUGAUCUGUAUUGAUAAGAGGUUUGUGUGGAAUGUGAGAAAACUACAGGCUGUAGUGCAAGCAUAUUUUUCAGAUCUCAUUGCCUGCCUACUUCUCUGCUCAUCUGCCCCACCCUAUAUAUUCCCCAAAACAUAUCUCCAUGUUCAAGUUUUGUCAUGCAGUUCUGGAGCCAACAUUUCACUCUCUGAUUUUCAUUUAAAAGGGUGGAGUACUUAAGAACUUGCACAGUCUUGUUUUGCAGAGAAUAAUAUACCAGGAAGUUUUUCACUCCUGGCUUUUACUUCGCAUCUCCUUUGGAAUGGAGGGGGUGCGUUCACAUAUCAACCAAAUUUACCCUGAAGUCCCUGCGAGUUAUCGGGGAGAAUUUCACACCCAAUUCUUGGUUUUUGUUGCAUGUUAGAUUGCAUGUUUAUUGCAUUUUAUAUCCAGGGUAAAAAUUGCAUGUUUAUUGCGUGUUUAUUACGAUUUAUAUCCGAGGGAAAAAAUCCACUAUUUGUAUCGGUUUUGGGGUGCAACUUCAAACUUGCAGUAAAGCAUCUUGGUAAAAUGUCUGGGAAAGCUCCAGGAAGGAAUAGUAAAGUGAACUAGAGAGAAAUUAUUGACAAAUAUUACAGUGGGAAUACAGGUGUGUGGAAAGGCAUAUAUCCAUUCUUAAGACAUGAGUCAGUAGUGGAUUUAAGCCUCUGUUUCAUUUUCAGUAUGUCCUUGGCAUCUUGAAGCCAAAAACUACAGAGAGUCUGCAGACAAGUUGUGCUUGGUUUGUUCCCCACUUUUAUAGCUGCUUCCCUCAAAAACACAAAGUAAUCUUACAGUCUUAUCUGAGCGGUUAUUCAGAAACAACUCCCAUUUUCUCCUCGUUUCCCUCCCUUUUCCUUUCUGAUUCCACAAAGUUUUUCACACCCAGCUUUUAGUUUGCAUCUCCUCCAGAAUGGAGGGUGUGUGUUCACAUAUCAGCCAAAUUUACCCCCAAAGUCCCUUCAAGCUAUUGGGGCAGGAGCGUAUCUAGGGUAGGGCAGGCAGGGCACGUGCCCCGGGCGCCGCUUGAAGGGGGGGUGCAAUUUUUUUAAAUGAAAAAGAUCAAAAUGGCCACCAAAAACAAAAUGGCUACCACGCAUGCUCAAAUGGCCUCUGAAAGGCCCUAGUAUCUGGGGAAAGUCAAAUUCUCAAUUUAUUUUUAAAACUUAUCUAAUAGUGAUGCUACAGUGCAUAGUAAAGAAUUAGACAGGCAUUUCUGUUCAGUUUUCCAAGUACACUUCCACAUAGUAUUUGGUUAUUUCAUGAGCCCCAGCAUACUGAAAUUUGUAGUUUUCAAGCAUUUUUGGGUCUGGCUACAUCCACUGCUAAAUAGUUUUUGAAAUAUUAAAAGAUUAAUGAGCUUGACUAGUAUUUUUGAGCUGAUAUUAUGGCAAAGUUAUCUGAAAGACGGGUGUCAAGAUGUUUGGACAGGGGCGCAAUUUCAGUGCUUGCCCUAGGCGCUAUUUGCCCUAGAUACACCUCUGUAUUGGGGACCACUUCACACACAAUUCGGGUUUUUCAGUGUGCAUUAGAGUGUAGAGUGUAUAUCCGGGGUAAAAAAAAAUCUACUUUUUUCAUCAAUGUUUUGGGGCAACUUUGAACUUGCAGCAAGUAAACCCGCAGUAAAGCCUGCUGUCUGGGAAAGCUGCACCAACCCCCACCCACCCGCUCUACAGGAUCCCCAAUGGGACAAACUUAUAAAUAACAAAACAUAAAAGAGACUCGAUAGAAUACAACACCCACCAAUCUAAGUUCUAAGCACUGAGUUUUUCUAAUGAUUCGGUAACAAGCAAGAAAGAAAGAAAGAAAGAAAGAAGCUGUUAUUAGUUGUCUGCUGUGUGCUGAUCACACAUAAUACAGUCAUAUGUGUUUCACUCUUAUCUUAAAAUUAUGCAUAAAAGUUAACAAGUUACAGCUCCUUGCACAUGAUGCAUAACUUCUACUCCCCCGUGAGAGGGAGACAAGCUAACUAGAAGAAUGCAGACUAACUGGCUUCUCCUUUGACAAAAGAACAUGAGAAAUCAAACCGGUUUGCUUCCUUUGGGAUUAAAACAUGCUUGAUCAAAUGCUUACCAGCUCCAUUGAUACCAGAGUCUACAUUUCAUAAGCUGGCUGGGACUGGACCCAUGUUCUGCAGCCUUGUAGCAGUACUAUUGAUGAUAUGAAUGUGGAAGCAAUUUUAUAAAGUUUCAGGUUUCCUUGUUUAGAUAGCUGAGUAAAUAAAAUACUGAGGCUUAGAUCCAAAGAUCCCUUUGCUCUUUGCAGGGGAAACUCCUUCUGUCAGAGAAAGAGAGCCUUGGGAUCCAAUCCUGAAAAUAUAAAAUACUCACAUAUACCAUAUAUACCUGAACAGAAGAAGACAACCCUGCAUUUAAGACAACUCUCAAAAAUUCAGGUUGAAUACAGGAAGAGGACUGAAUUUAAGACAACCCUGAUUUCUCACAUCAAAGAACUUGGGGAAAACCUAGUCUUGGGUUCAGAUAAAUAGCUCAUCAGCAGCAUUACCUUUCCAGAGCAGAAGUAAUUCCUUCCUUUCCUCCCUCCCUCCUUCCUUCCGGUGGGACACCAUGCUCCUACAGACAGUCUGCUGACAAGAAAUCAUCGCCAGAAACUGACAUCAAGAGCAACCUAAAUGCAAAAAAAAAAAAAGAACCUACACUGAUUGAUGAUUAAGUGCCAUCAAGUCGGUGUCGUCUCUUAGGGACCACAUAGAUUCUCUCCAGGAUGAUCUGUCUUCAACAUGGCCUUUAAGGUCUCUCAGUGGUGCAUUCAUUGCUGUCGUAAUCAAGUCUGUCCACCUUGCAACUGGUCUUCCUCUUCUUCUCUUUCCUUCAACUUUCCCCAGCAUUAUGGACUUCUCAAGGGAGCUGGGUCUUCGCAUAAUGUGUCCGAAGCAUGAUAAUUUGAGCCUGGUCAUUUGUGCCUCAAGUGAAAAUUCUGGAUUGAUUUGUUCUAUGAUCCAUUUGUUUGUUUUCCUAGCUGUCCAUGGUAUCCUCAAAAGUCUUCUCUAGCACCAGAGUUCAAAAGCGUCAAUGCUUGUUCUGUCUUGCUUCUUCAAAGUCCAGCUUUCACAUCCACAGAGAUCCAUUUUUGCUCUUUAAAGUGUUAUUAAGUAUUUAUAUACCACUUUUCUACAAAAAAGAAGUUCUCAAAGUAGAUCGGAUAGCAGGAACCAUUCAUAGUUGAAAAGCAGAAUAAUGGUAGAACAAAUAAAUGAUAUGUCUUUAUCUACUGCUAUUUAAUUAAUUGCAUUUAAUUUUUUUUUACUGGUAGUUUUAAUGUAUAUUAUACCCUGUAUUGUAUUUUUAACUGUAAUCCACUUCAAGAGCUUAGGCAUUUGAGCUGAAGCAUUAAAAAAUAAAAUAUAAUAAAAUUCACAUUUGUAUUCCA